AUGGAAAUACCACGACAUGGUUAUAUUAAAAAAAUAAUAUUACUCCUAUUAGUAAUAUUAGUAUUUUAUUAUCUGCUCAUUAAAACAAAUAAAUAUGAAUUAAAAAAUACAUUUAAAGUAUUUCAUCAUAUUCUUAAUCGAAGUCGAAUUAUGGAGAUCCUCAUUCCAGUUUAUAAUACGACUAUAUUAAACCGUAUUAAGAACAUUACUAAUCGUACAACUACUACUGCUGCUACUACUAAACGAUCCGUUAUUACUACUAAAACAACUGGUCGUCCUACAACUAUUGAUCCAGCAGAAUUGCUUGUCGAAAGAUCUCCAUCUGCUGCACGUCUUAAUGCAAAGGCUCCCACUGGCGGUCUAGCUGUUUUUCUUUUUCAAACUGAACAUCAUGUUCUCGCCGAUCUUCAAUUGUAUCUUAUUCGAAAACUUGCGAUAGAUCUAGUGGCUCUUGAAUUAUUUGUUGAUAGACCACCAACACAAAACAUGCGUGAUGUUGCUCUUGCACAUAAUGCUGGACUUCAUAGUUUUCCAGUUGAACGACAUAAACCUAAUGCUGGAGGAUCAGAUAGAAAUACUGAUAUCGUUAAUUGGGCAAUAUCUCUAAAAGCUAAACAAUAUCUUGGUAAUGGUACUGCAAUUCUAUUACUCGAUGGUGAUGUUUUUCCUUUAACUCCAUUUGAUUCAGUAACAUUAUUAAAUUCUCGUGAUGUUGUUUGUCGAAAACAUCCAGCAUUAUUCGCACGUUUUUGUUGGAUUGGAUUUAUAUGUUUAGGACCACAGUUAUAUGACACUAUUGAUCAUUUUGAUGUAGGACAAACUAUGCGUCAAGGUAAAUCGUACGAUUCCGGUGGUAAAACAAUCGAAUAUUUUUUAAAAUAUGAAAAUGCUUCAUUUUCAUGGAUGAGAGAAACAAUAUUUCUUGGCACUGAUAAAGACUUAUUCUGGGGUGCAAUGGAUCAAGAUAUUCAAUGGAUCGGACAAAACUUUGGGCGAUGUGAUAAAUGUGGACCUGAAAUAUUUUUAUCACCAUUUAAUGUUAGUAAUGCUGUUUUUUAUCAUAUGAUUAGUGCAACUUCAGAAUGGCGAUUUGGACAUCAAGGUCCACGACGACAAUCAAUCCAUAAUUCUGUAAUGCGAUCUCCUUAUGGACCUAAUAAAACUUAUUCAAUGUCUGAUAUGAUUGCAUCAAUAAAAAAAGUUCAACAAAUGAAAUUAAUACCAUUUUUUGGUGAUUUAACCUGUGAAAAAAUAUGUCGUGGUUAA